CUGGCGUUCCUCUUUCUACUUUCUCUCUGACGAGACGACUUGACGUCGCCGCCCUGCUGCUUCAGCAGGAGACCAAGUAUUGGCCUGUGAACAGCGUAUCUCAUGCAACCAUGCAGGAGGAUCAAGACACCUGCCGAAUCUGCAGCGCCCCCGCGGAGCCCGGACAGCCGUUGUUCCAUCCCUGCAAGUGCUCUGGGACGAUCAGGUAUAUUCAUCAGGAUUGCUUGACGGAAUGGCUCGCACACAGCAAGAAGAAGACCUGCGAUGUGUGCAAACACCCGUACUCGUUCACCAAGGUGUAUUCCAAGGACAUGCCCGAGAGGCUGCCCAUCCUCCUGAUCUUGCGACAGUUUUCCCAUCAAGUGGUAUCCGCCAUUCUUUUCGCUCUCCGCGCAGCUCUCGUAGCGACUGUCUGGCUAGCAGCUCUGCCGUGGGCAACGAUUUGGACAUGGAGGGUGUACUUCGCUUUGGGCGAUUCAGCUGCAUGGUGGAUCAGCGCAAUGAAGAGGCCCCCUUCUGAACUCGACUUCUACCUUGGCGUCGUCGCGAACGGCACUGUUGCGAAUGCCACGUCCUCUGAUUCCGCGGACGCGCAGUCCCCCACUCCCAUAUCCCUUUUCGUCCAUCCCAUGUACCGCACCAUCUCAUCAGAUAUCUUCUCCGGUCAGAUCAUCGCGUCUAUCAUUGUACUCAGCUUCGUCGCAAUAUUCCUCCUCAGGGAGUGGAUCACACAAAACGCUCGCCCUGGCGUGUUCGAGGACGGUGAUGGUGUAGUUGACCCGGGCGCGGAUGCGUUACCCCCGCUUCCUGAAAACCCACCUCCCCAAGCUCAAGAACCGCCAGUGCACCUUGUGCCGCGACUACCGCCCCCACCACCACCCGUUGUCGCGGAACCUGAACACGACCGAGCCAUUCCGUUACCGGACAGCCGUUAUGGGCGGCGUGAUGAUUAUGCUUUCCAAGCGCGUACGAAGAAGCCACGUACAAGAGGAAGCGCUCAAGCGUCCGAGGACAGUCAAGAAGCGGGUCCGUCACGCGUCGCGAAGGGGAAGCGGAGGGUGCACACGACUGCACUCGAGGAGCGUCGGUCAUUGAGAGCUCGUCGGAGGGUUCGGAGGACGAGGAUUUUUGAAGGGGACUCCAGCUUUGAUGAGGGCGCGGCUUUGCAUGACGACAAGGACUUCCGGCGGCUGCGGUAUGUCGCGCAUAGAGCGGAAGACUUCGAUGAAGAGCUACGGAAGCGGAAUGGCAGCUCGUCCAAGUCCGAGCCCGAGCCCGAGCCCGAGAAUUGGCCGCCGGAACGCAAUCACAGGCGUCCGCGAGACCCGAAUCAACUUCCUGCUUUCUCGGAGUUCACGUUUACUUAUCCUUCGCCGUCUACCUCGAAUGGCGAUGCGCACUCACCUUCGGCCGGUACGUCAACGAAUCCUUACAAGGAGAAGGGAAAUGGCAACCUGCCCGCCAGUAUCUCCUUCGCACCCUCAUCUCCCCGCUCCGACAGCGACGAUGACGAAGACGAGGACGACGAAGACGAGCGGACGCCUACUAGACCGUCCACUCCGGUACUCGCAACCUCGAGUAGUGCGAGUUACGAUUUCAUCAAUGUCGAGGACGCUACGGCGGAUGUGAUGCAGCCUUCGACCUCCACGGCCGGCCUGCGGCGGCCUCCUCUACCUACCAUGACGCUCCCCCCGUCGCCCAUUCCGUCUAGCUCUCAGGCGGCGCUCGGGGACACCCCACUAGCCUCUCCUAGCCUCGCGACCUACCGCGCGCCGGAAGAGUUGGAGGUGCCUCCUGAUGCGGAGCCAGAUUACUUCGUGCGUGAUUACCUGCGAAAUUUGCAGCCGGACCGGUACCUGGACCCCGAGCGCGUCGAAGAGGAGCAUGCGCGCUACUUCCGCGACCCGGCCGAGCAGCACGACGAUGACGACGAGAGCUCCGACACAGAAUUCGACACGGACGAGGAAACGGAGAUGCGGAGGCUCGCGCUUGCGCGGUCCGGAUUUAAGGAAGAGGCGGAGGCGAUGCGGCGCGCGAGAGUGCAGGAGAUGGCGGAGAUGGCGGACGGGGAGAUGGACGUGGACGAUGAGGGUGAGGCCAUUAUGGAGGAAACGCAGUGGACGGACGAUGAUGGGCUGCAAGACGACGAUGAGGACGACGACGAGGGCGAACCCUUCGUGCAGUUGAGGGAAGAGCUUGGUGGGCCGCUUCCUGGGGAUGCGGAGGAUGGCCUACCAGGCGCUGCGCAGGACAGGAGGGAGCUGAGGGUGUUAGGCCAGCCCCCGGAGUUAGAGCAGUUGCCGGAGGAUCUCGACGCGGAGGUCAAUAUCGAGGACGACAUGGAUGGCGCGUUGGAGGCCAUCGGUCUGAGGGGACCGCUCGUUGGUGUGCUACAAAACGCCGUGCUCAUGACCGUCAUCUUGGACACUACUAUCGGCCUGGGGAUAUUCCUGCCGUUCAUCAUCGGGAAGUCAACUGCGCUCUUGACACUCAAUCCGCGUCGAGCUGCACAACUGAUUCACUUACCCCUUCGGUUGAUUCGUUUGGUCACGGACCCCAUUGUCGACUCCGUCCUCCUGUUCUUCUCGAAACUUGUGCUGCCGCCGCUAGUUCAGUUAUGCCAGACGGCGCUCCAGUCAGGUAUGAAGGGAAUUGCACGUAAUGUUGGUCAAGAUCGAGCGGAUAAGCUUGCAGAGUUGUCCACGGUCGCCUACGGGAACCUACUCUCAAUUGCCUCUCAGGUCAUGGACCAUUCGCCUCCGUCUACUCCUUCGGAUUCCGUCGUUUCUGCAGCCAAGCCAUCUUCGUCGAUCUUCUAUCGCAUACUGGAAGAGGACACCACGCUCAUGCGCAUAGCGGAGCCUUACUUUGCUCCUAUAGGGAAGAAUGUCCGCGAGUGGUCCGACGAAGGCAAGACGACAUGGAUUCGCUUUGCGACUGGAGACACACCAAACGACCGAGCGUUUGCCGUACUUCUCGGCUAUGCCGUCGUCGGUUUGCUUUUGGCCAUCUACUUGAACAUUCUCACCGUCGGCAGCAUGAGAAGCGCCGGUCGUGCCGUACGCAACGCUGUUCGUCAGCAGCUGCUUGUGGUCAAGGUCGCGGCAUUCAUCAUCAUCGAGCUGGCCAUAUUCCCCCUCGGAUGUGGCGUUAUGCUCGAUGUCUGCACGGUGUGGCUAUUCCCACAAGGCAGCUUCCGUUCACGGGCCGCGUUUUUGAUGUAUGCGCCAUUGACCGCGGUGUUCUACCACUGGGUUUUGGGCACGAUGUUCAUGUACCAGUUCGCCGUCCUCCUGUCUGGUUGCCGUGGAAUCAUGCGCCCUGGGGCUAUGUGGUUCAUCAAGGAUCCGCAGGACCAGAACUUCCACCCAAUCCGCGACAUUCUUGAACGCCCAACCCUUACCCAGAUCCGCAAGCUGAUACUGAGCGCGAUAAUGUACGGGUUCGUGGUCGCGGCUGGGGUGGCUACCGUGUCGGGCAUUCUACGACUCUUCAGUCGCACCAUCAUGCCGUUCAGGUGGAGAAUUCGUGAGCCUCUGUCCGAGGUGCCCCUUGAUUUGAUCCUGCUCCAGCUAGUAUUACCCUACACUAUGGAGUCCUUCCGACCUCGGAAAGCCCUGAGACGGUUUGGCUCAUCGCUCUGGAAGUAUUUGGCUUCGCGGCUCCGCCUUUCGUCAUAUAUGUUUGGUGGGCGCUAUGCUACGGAGGAAUUCACGCCGAAAAAUUGGUCUUGGAGGUUCCUCCUCAUUCAAGACGGCAUUCAAAUGGACGAUGCUGAGGCCCUUCACGACGGAGAUUUCAAGCGAGUACCCAACAGCGACAACGUGGCUCUCGUAAGGGACUCGCCUGCGACAGCCCCCGUCCUCGAGGACGGCACUCCCGUCGACGAGGAUGCGAGACGGUUGAUAGACGCCCAGGACGCCGAAGCACAGAAGGCGAGGCGGCUCGUCAAAGACGACUACACCGUGGUCUACAUCCCGCCACAUUUCAGGCGGCGAAUUAUCGCAUUCCUCCUGUGCCUGUGGCUCACUGGUUCCGUCAUGCUUGCCUCUGUCCUCGCGGCUCCCAUCCUGGUGGGCCGGGGCUUCUUCCAUCUGUUCAUACCUCACGACGUCCACGACGGCUACUCCUUCAUCGUGGGCUUCUACCUUCUCUGGGGAUGCUGGCUCGUUGGUUCCGCUUUGGACCGAAUGGACAAGCGCCGUCAGCGGCGUUGGAAUAGCGAGGAGCAACGUGCCGAAUGGCCUUUGUUCGUCCUCAAACGCGUUUUGCUUUGGACCGCUCAGGCAUCGUAUAUGAUAGUCAUGCUAGGUGUCAUCAUCCCUACGCUUGUCGGGCUCGUGUUCGAGCUAUACAUGAUCCAGCCCAUCCGGCGCACUGCAUCCCCGUUGAUGGAGCCCCGUAUCCGCGUCGUGGACAUGUGGGCUCUGGGCUUAUUCUACAGCAAAAUCAUCGUUCGCACGCUACGCAUGCACCCUCCUGCACAGGGUAUGAUGCAUGGAAUCGAGCGUAUUCUGCGGAACGGAUGGACGCACCUCGACCCAGUAAGAGCGACAAAGGACGUCAUCGCCCCUCUAACACUAGGUCUGUCGGGAAUGAUCGUCCUCCCUGCUGUUGUGCUAUGGGGCCUCCAACGUGUCGUCACCCUUCCUCUGGACGGCGACUUCCUCUUCCUACAUGUCUAUCCCGGAAUCUUCACAGUGGCUGGGCUAGUACAUGCUGCCUAUUCCUUGUCGAAGGUGAUGGCGUCUUGGUCACAGACCAUUCGCGACAAGGAGUUCCUCGUGGAGUUGCGCUUACGCAACUUGGAAUUGGAGCAAGAAAACAGCACUGAGCAGCAAGCAGAAGCAAGGGUAGAGGUCACGCCAGAAGUAGAAGAGUAAUUGGAAUCCGCAAAUUCACUGGGACCUGAUAUAUAUACAUCAUCGCAUAUUAACCGACCCUGUAACACUGUAGCCUUAUACAUUAAUACCAC